CAGCCGGACAGCUCUGCCACACAGCUGGAGCUGUUGGCCAAGAUUGUGCAAAACCUGACACGACAGGAACGCCAGUGCGUCGUGAUGUAUAAUGAGAUGGACAUUCGGAAAGUGGCCUGCUAUGAUCAGCAACUGGAUCAGGUCCUGGGACCGCACCGGCGCCUGCAACAGUUCCUGGUAGCGGGCAUCUCCAAGUGGCAGGUGCCAGUGCUGUUCCAGUUUGACUCUGCAGUAACUGGUGCCACGCUCCUCAGCCUCAUCCAGGACAUUGAGGCUGCAGGUGCUGAAGUCGUGGCCACUGUGAGCGACAUGAGUGGCUCAAACCUCGGAGUCUGGAAGGCUCUGGGUGUCUCACAUGAUGGACGCUCCUGGUUCCUGAACCCUGGAGACUCCAACAGGAGGGUGUGGGUCCUGGCAGACCCUCCACACAUCAUGAAGAGGGUGCGUAACAACCUCCUGGACCACGGCACCGCACCAGCCAAGGAGGUCUCCUCGACAAGGCCCUGAUGGAGGAGAUGGUGGCCAUCAACGGUGCGUCGGCCGAGUACCGCGUCGCCCACAAGGUGCAUCUGGCAACCCAUGUUCAGGUGAAGAACAUGGCCCGACAGAAGGUGCGCCCGGCCAUGGAGCUGCUGAGCGCCACCGUCGCUCUGGCCAUCGAGCGUCACCUCGGACGGCGGGAGGAGGUGCGUGCACUGCGCGUCCUGGACUCGGGCAUGGAUGUCCUGAACGCCAUCCACCCCAAGGACGUCAAGCCCCUGCGGCGAGGCUACAGCGGCACCACUGAGCAGGAGUCCGCCUUGACUGCGCUGGAGAAGGAGGCCCGGGAACUGCGAGUGUGUCCGCGGAAGGAUGCCCUCCUCCCCUUCCAGAAGGGGAUCAUCCUCUCCGUGUCCUCAGUCCGUGGCCUGCUCCAGGACCUGAAGGCCAAGUUCGGAGAGCAGACCUAUCUUCUAACGCGCCGACUGAGUCAGGACAGACUCGAGGGAUUCUUCGGAAUGGUGCGCAGCGGCGGCGGGUCGAACCUCAACCCGACGCCGACCGAAGUACGCUCCAGGCUGCGCCUCCUCACGCUGCUGUUCGCCAUCCAGCGCGGAGUACGACCGCUGAGCGGCGCCGGUCCGACUGCGCCUGCCCCGGCGGUGCCUAGCAGCGGAGAGGAGGCGGACGACCGGGACCCCGACUGGCUGGCGCAGCUGGCGCCACUAGAGCAGGAGCUGAGUCAGUCUGCCCUGGAUGACGAGAUGGCCGCCGACCUGCGGGAGUUCGCUCCGAGCCAACACCAGCCGGAAGCCGAUGACAACCUCGAAGCGGAACUGGCCGAAAUGGAGGAGCUGCUCAGGUCGGUGCCCGCGCCAGCCGCCGCACCGCCCGCCUCCGGAGCAGUCACCGGCGCCAGAGAUCUGGAGACGGGCUGUCGGCCAGAGAUAGCGCUAAGGUAUACGUCGCAGGCUACGUGUCGCGGAAGCGGUCGGCCGAAGACGGAGCGGCAGCGGCGUCCUCCGGCGCUGAACAGGACGAGCCGAUGGGAGCCCUGUGGACGCGAGCCCUGUGGACGCGGCUGAAAAGCUUGGGCGGGCUGACCGUGCCCACGGCUGACUUCAUGGACGUCUUUGACCAGAUGGACGCCGCCUUCUCUGUGCACCACUGUAUGGAGCCGGACGGUCUCAGCCGAAGGCCCGUAGAGGUUCGCGACUUCGAGGCGGUUCUGGAGUCCAAGUCCCGGUACGCGACGUCGCCUCAAGUCCGCCGGGUCUUCGCGCGCGUGCGGACUACACUAAGCACCGAGCGCGAGUGAGCUCGGACGCGCAACGGGAGGGGAGGAAGCGUCGCCAGUAUGUGCCGUCCUAAGGGCGUGGACUUGCGGGAGAUGGUGAGCGUCAUUGUGUGAGUGCGAUGACUGUGAUCGUCUGUUUAAUAGAACGUAUUGUUUGGUUCAUGGCGCUACUUGAUGUCACGUCGGGCUGUUAACGUUUCUGGUGUGGAAUUUCAUAUCUUAUUCUUGUGGUAAAGGCUUCCUGAAGCAUGUGUUGCUAAAGGCUGUAUUUGCUACUGCCAAUGAUCUCGGACGUGCCCGUUAGCUCUAAUGAGUGCCAAUGUGUGUUGCUCCUGCUGUAGCAUUUGUCUUAGCGAUGUCAUUUGUCUUCGUCUUUGCUAAAUGCACUCAUUGAUUCGACAUCAUCGCCCACUUAUAGAUGCACCUAUCUAUGUGGGUGUCCUCGAUCCUUCGUGAUUUUAAAUGUACCUAAGUGUAAAUGAAUGUGUGUCCUCGGCCGUUAAUGAUUGUGCAAAUGUGCAAAUGAGGAAAAUAUCACAGAGUUCCCGUGA